CAAUGUGAUCAAUAACGAGUGAACAAUGUGAACAAUAAUGAGAUAACACUGUGAACAAUAACGAGUGAACAAUGUGAUCAAUAACGAGUGAACAAUGUGAACAAUAAUGAGAUAACAAAAUAAACAACACUGUAUAACACACACAUAGUAAGAAAUAGUAAAUAAACAAGUAAACAAAAACAAACAAGUGAACACAGAUGUAAACAAACACGUUAAUAAAUACAUAAACAACAUCAAACAAUAUGUGAAGAAAUAAACAAAAGUUAACAAUAUAAACAAAUAAACAAUGUAAACAAUCACACAAAAACAAGACAGGACAGAACAUUUAUUACCUGUAAAUGUCAAGUUGAAACAAAAAAAUAAAAACACUCAAAAAUACGUUCAAACAGCAAGAACAAGUAGCGAGUCGGAGUGAACAGCAAGAACAAGUAGCGAGUCGGAGUGAACAGCAAAAAUACAUGACAGCAAAAAGUUAAACAAAAACAAGAGUAAAAGUGCAAAAAAAUACAAAAUAAAUACUGCAAAAACAGCAAAAGUGCAAGAAAAAAAAACACCAAUAAAACAGAAGAGCAACAAAAGUGCAACAAAAACAGACACAAUAAAACUGAAGAGCACAACACGCAAAAAGGAAAAGUCCAACAAAAACAGCAUAACAAAAAAACAGAGCAGCAAAACAACAGAAGUGAAAUAAGAAAAACAGCAGAACAGCGAGAUAUCAACACACAACAGGAUGAUGACUCAAGAAGCUGUGUCAGUGCUGCUGUUGCUAUGUGGUCUGUUGUCAUCCGUCUCACCACGUCCAGGUGAUGGGGGCGUGGCAGAGGGCGUGGCAGAGGGCGUGAUCCACCACCAACAUCACCACAACUACAGCUGUGAGAACGGGGAGUUGAGGGGAGGCUGGCGGUGUGAGUGUGACCCGUGUUGGGAGGGUGACACCUGCCUCACCUACGUGGAUUAUUACACGCCACGCUUCCUCGUCCACGCCGCUACAGCUGUCCUUCCAGUCAACGCCACGGGUGUGGUAUACCGGGCGUGGAGUACUGACGAAGACCUGGGGCUGACGUGUCCUCUGGGGCCUGGCGACUCUGCCCGCUGCCCCUGUGCCGCCGUCAACUACCGCCUCUUCGCUGCCCCUGGGGAUAACCACUUCUCCCUCGACCCCGUCACGGGCAUCUUGUCUCGGAACACCCAGGUGCCACUAAACGUUGGUGCCACCUAUAUAUACAAGCUUAUGGUGCAAGGCAUGUCUAUGGACGGGCAGGAGGAGGAAGAUCUGCCCUACGACCUCCUGACGCUGAAGGUGUACGUCAGCGCCGACUACGUGAGGAAGAUACCCUGGACAUAACAACCUGUCAGCUACCAUGACUCUCCGGAGGUACAGAGCCAGGACUCCAAGAUCAGGCACCAGCUGUCAUAACCACCUGGCCACACCCACAACGCCAGCUGGGAUAUCAUAGCUACUUGCUUAUGCCAAGGAGGCCGACCGCCACCACCUGUUUUAUCCAGCUGUGAGAGCCAGGCUGUAUAUAUCGGGCACUGCAGCUGUAAAUGAGCAAUGCCAGAUGGUGCAGCAACGGUAAGACCUCCGUGCCAGGUGGUGCUGCAGGUGAAGGUCAUCAGUGGCAGCCAGGUGGUGCUACAGGUGGCUUGGCUUGGCUUGGACGUCAACACGGUCUCUUCCUCCUAGAGUGAACUCACCAUAUCAAGAGGCCAGACAGAGUCAUCGAGGCCACUAACUCACAGACAUUUCCUUUGUAUUAAAAUAAUAUAUAAACACCAACUCACAGCUUCCCAAGAGGCGGGGUUGGUCGUCGCCAUUAACUACUUGUGACUUCCAAACAAAAAAUAAAUAAAUAAAUAAAUCAGACAGAAAAUAUUUUCCUACACAGAACUAAUUAUCACUCCCAGGACCCACCAAGAUAUUACAGGUGCGUGAGUGACGGUAGUUGUGAACACUCAUGAGGGACCUGGAGUUAAGUGUCAACCUGUAGUGUUUACUGUUAGUUAUUUGGUGUUCGUGAGGGACGGACGUUAAGGUGUUCCUUCAAGGUGGUAAAUGAGGGAGGGACAUCAAUCCAACCCAGCCUAAUCUAACCCAACCCAACCUAACUUAAUCCAACCCAACUUAACUUAAUCCAACCCAACAUGACCUAACCUAACUAUUCCCAUAUCCAUAACCUGACUUAACUAUUCUCAUAUCCAAGUACGUAAAGCCCCCCCCCACAACCAACCCUCAUCGUAUCUUGUAACGAGAGAACGCAUUUGGUUACACUAGGAGUCUCAGAACAACAUCAGCGUCAUUCUAACCACCAAAACUUUUCCUUUUAUCUUCAUUUUGUCGCAGUUUUAAGGCAGCCAUUUAGAUGCGUUCUCUCUUUACUACAAGACGGGAAUUAAAUUUAUCAGAUCACGUGAAGAUUAAGUCCUCCAGCUUAGCUUUAUCUUAAUUAAGAGAAAUCAGCUUAAUCUUUACCUAACUUAAUGCUAACCUAACCUAAUACUAACAUAAAGCUAACCUAAGGUAACACAUAUCAAACCUAACUAUUACCUAACCAAACCAAAACUAACCUACCCUAACACUGAAUUAACUUACACAAAACACAUACUAAAACAACUACUAACCUAACCAAACCAGACAUUAACCAGACAUUAACCUAACACUAACCAAACAAAAACAAACAAUAACCUAACCUAACCCCCCAAGGUAUCAAUUGGGUAAUUAAUAUUAAGGUAUAAACAAGCUGGGAUGUCUAAUCUUCACGUCCUCACAUUAUCUCGUAGGUGGUGAGACAUCAUCAGGGUUGGUGACUGUUACUGUGUUGUGUAUAUGAGACAUCUUUGACGUGUGUUAUGUCAUGAAUAAAGAGAAUUGUGUA